CAGGUUCAGGUGAGCGAAGCGGAACCUUUGCAGAAUUGGCUGGAAAGCGCUCGAAUUGAAUGGAUUUCACCCGGCCCAAAGCGGGCGGGUUGGAGACGGACAGGACCGCGCAGACGAUCCGUGACGGGGAGGGGGUCGUCAGCGGUCCUCAGGAUGGGGCGCGGGACGGCGGCGCAAGCGAUGGGUACAAACCUUCAGGCGUGUCAGACAAGACGGGCACUAGCUCCGAGCUGAAGACCUCUGGAGGAAUUGGUGACAAGACAGGGACACAGAAUAAGAGUGAUGUCAUCGGGAAAAAGAUGGAGCCUGCUUAUUCUUGUGAUAGCUCAUUGUCAUCCUCUGACAGUGAUGAUGAAGGAUACGUAAAGGAGAAAAAGAAGAAGAAAAAGAAGAAGAAGAAGAAACACAAGAAAAAGCCUAUGUCUGAUGGAAAAUGCAUGUUUCUGCAAGUGUGGAUGUGUGGGAAGACCAGUUGUGCAAUACCAGUUUACUCCUUGCCCUUUUCUCUUCUACAGGACUCCAGCUCCUCUUCCUCCUCCUCCUCCUCCUCCUCCUCUUCCUCCUCCUCUGACAGCUCGUCCUCUUCCUCAGACAGUGAGGAUGAGGAGAAGUAUGGAGAGAAGAAGAAGAAGAAAAAGAAAAAGAAGAAGGAGAUGAAGAAGAAGGAAGUAAAAGAUGGGCAGGAUGGCAUAUCUGAUAUUGUUAUAGGUGAGGGAGGCAUAGAAUUAAUAUCCCUUGAAGAUCUAAGCGGUGAAGAGAGAAAGAAAGAGAAGGCAAAGAAGAAGAAGAAGAAGAAGAAGAAGAAGGACUCUGGCUCAUCUUCCUCCUCUGAUAGCUCCUCCUCUUCUUCGGACAAGACAAACUGCUGA